CUCAUUAUUAUUACUAGCAUAUGUCCACACACCAUAAACCAUGUUAGAACCCGUACCCAUAUUUUGAUGGGUAAAAACCAAAUUUCCCCUUAAUUUAACCGAUGCCAUAGAAAUUAGAAAACCCCUGCAGGAAUCACACAGAGCAGGACGCCCCCAAAUGCGCAAAUUAGGUUUAGGUUUUCGAGAGGGGAACUUCCAAAUCAAUCACAUUUCCAGAAUCUGCAUCGACCCAGUUGGGCUUGCACAUCCUCCUACUCUUCCUAGUAAGCAGAAUCUGGGUAUGUUCUAGUUUCCUACCAAAAGAACGCAUCUUUUCUUUUGUUCGUUAAGAAAUGAAUCAAAUUGUUGUUCUGGUUUCUGGAUAAUUCAAUUUUUCUGUGAGUGAAUUGAAAGAGGGGUUUUCCAGAUAAUUUAUUUCUGAGUAAUUACUGGCGCAAGUUAAUGGAUACUGGAAGUUGUGAGGGUGAGGGAGUUGAUGGUAAGAGGAGGAUGAUGGACAGAUUUAGUAAUCUUCCUGACCAUGUUGCCCACCACAUACUUUCUUUCCUGACUAUCUCGCACCUUGCCCGUUUCGGCUGCGUGUCCAGACGAUGCAGGGAACUCUAUCUGUCAGCUCCAUUUUUGAACAUUGAUGAACUUCCUCGUUUGUCUGAUGCCAAGUGUAGUAAGCUGCAAAGGUGGUUGAAUUGUAUGGAUAGGUUCUUCUUUCUUCGUGGUAAUAAUAAGAUACAGCGUCUUCGUGUUUGUUGGAUGAGUCACUUUGUAGACGUUAGUGAUAGUGAUAGUGAUGGUCAUGUCGAUGGCGAUGAUGAGGAUGAUGAUGAAACACUGUGCUCCUGUGAUGAGUAUUUUCGAAUGAUGUCGUGGAUACACAAUGCAGUGCGGUGUAACGUUGAAGAGCUUGAUCUUGAUAUUGGUCCUGGAGAGGCGAUAGCUCCGGUGUUUCCGUCUUCUGUCUUUCUUUGUGGAUCUUUGACGUCUCUGUCGGUGGACCUGGGAAGUGUAGUGCUUCACGUGCCCUCUUUUGCGUUUCCCUCUAAUCUCAAAUACUUGAAGUUGAAAAGCGGCAUGGUAGAACAGGGGUUUUCCAAAUGGAUCUCAUGUUGGUGCAAAUGCAUUGAGGAGUUGACUCUUGAUGGAAUUCAUAUGCGAGAUACCACCAUUGAAAGCUCGUCUUUGAAAAAAUUUUCUUUUGUGGGGGACAAUUUAACUGACACAGUUGACAUCAGAGGCGAUAAACUUGAAGAAAUAGCUAUCGACUGGCUGCUUCACUCUCCUAGAGAAAAAUCGUUAAAUAUUAAUGCCCCAUGUCUUAAAUAUUUGAGUUGGAAGGGGAAUUUGAUGGAAAGCCGAAAUAUAGGAAAAUUAGAAUUCUUAGAAGAAGCUGCUAUUCUUCUGAAGCCUGAAGUAGAUGGCUCUAGCGAUGUACUGGAAGUUCUUUCCAGUUUAUGCCGGGUUAAAGUUCUUAGCAUAAACGAAGCGACAAUUAAGGCUUCAUAUCGGGAAGGAUCCAUUCCAGCAUCAUUUGAUAACGUUUCAUCUCUCCAUAUACAUAUUAAAAGCUUUGGUGAUGAGUUGGUCCCAGCAGUAGUCUCUCUUUUCAAGGGAAUGCCCAAUCUGUGUACUUUAUACAUAAAUUCUAAGCGGCCUCUUUAUGGCGAUGAAUAUGAUGCAUGUGGGUUUAAUAUGGGAUAUUGGAAGAUGCAAAACUUUGGUUUUAUUCAUCAGCUUAAGGAGGUUUCCAUUGAGCUUUCUCAUGGGACUAAUGGAGUUGAGCUAAUCAGGUAUAUACUCGAGUAUGCCCAGAAUUUGGAGACAAUGCUCAUAAUUCAUUCACCCCAACAUUUGGACGAGCUUGUGACGAAGUUAGAUGAAACCAAGAAAAUUUCCAAUGCCAAGAUUUUCUUCAAGGAAAGUAGGAAAUCUGUCUUGGUACUUUAGGGAACUUAUUUAUGCUAUAAUAUCACUACCUUAUUGUGAAUGUUGACAGAUCGGUUGUGGCACAUCGAACUAAGUUUUGAGAAUUUAACUAGCAAUGUUUGCGUGUGCCAUAAUUCUUUUGUUUGUUGUGUAUCUACCAUCGGAUCAAUGGAAUCAGUUUCAGUAA